UUCCCAACGAGCAACGUUGAAUCAUCUGGCUCGUCAAGUUAAGAGCUAGCUUGGACAUGCCGCUAUAAAAAAGUAGCGGGUUCGAAUCUUUUCCGGCCUAAUAUGUGCGAUUUCUGUUAUGAAAAUUCAAAAUUUCUUCAAUGACUAAAGAUUGCACAGAUGUUGGUGGAGAUGUGCGCUCAACAAAUCCUCUCCCUGGGACCCAACCACAGGCGAUCUCUAAACCAAUAAAAGUAUCAAAAUGGUAUUUCGGCGGCCUAUCGUCAGCUGGCGCAGCAUGUGUCACUCAUCCACUGGAUUUGUUGAAAGUGCAGAUGCAGACUCAAAAGGGGAAGAAUGUUUCAAUAAUAUCUGUUGUCAAAACAGUGCUGCAAAAUCAAGGCAUUCUGGGUCUCUACAAUGGUAUAUCAGCUUCCCUGUUAAGACAGUUGACAUACUCCACAUCUAGGUUUGGAAUAUAUGAAAUUUCCAAACAACGUCUUACACCAAAAGAUGGUCGACCUAUACCAUUUUACAUGUCUACAUUCAUAGCAGGACUUGGUGGAUUUGCAGGAGGAUUUGUUGGCAACCCUGCUGACUUAGUAAAUGUGAGGAUGCAGAAUGAUGUUAAACUUCCCCCGGAACAAAGAAGAAACUACAAAAAUGCGAUUCAUGGCUUGUGGCGGGUUGCUGCGACAGAAGGCAUCACAAAGCUCUGGGCAGGAGCCUCCAUGACAUGCAGCCGUGCUGCCCUCAUGACUAUAGGACAGCUGGCCUUCUAUGAUCAGUUCAAAUCUUUACUUCUUGCCACUCCAUACUUCAAAGAUAAUGUAGUGACACAUGUGACGUCUAGUCUAUUAGCAGGCGGUAUAGCUACUACGAUGACACAACCAGUGGAUGUUCUCAAAACCCGAGUGAUGAACGCGAAGCCCGGCGAAGUUCAGUCCAUAAUGCAACUCGUACUUAGCACUGCUAAGGAGAGCCCUCUAGCGUUCUUCAAGGGGUAUGUGCCGGCAUUCGUUAGGCUGGCGCCUCACACAAUCCUAACCUUCGUAUUUUUAGAACAACUUCGAUUCAAUUUUGGAGUACCCAAAAUGGCUUUAUAGAAAUCGAAUAUUGGCACACUGUAUGUAAGAAAAAUUCGUAAAAUUGUAGAGUGGUUUUAGAUAAGUGUUACACAUGUCAGAUGUUUUUAGAUGCAUUUAGAUUGUUAGUGGAAAUUGUUCUUAUCAAUAUUGUAUUACAAAUUUAAUGUAGGUGUUUUUUGAAUUUUAUAAAUGUUACAGUUGAAUACACAUUCGUAGGUCUACCUAGUAACUCCUAAAGGCACUACGUUAAUUCUUAUUCGAAUAUGCAUUACAUUCUUAUACGCAUUCCGGAUCUAAGUAAGCUCGUCAAACGAUGCCGAUAUGUCAGGUUUUAUUAAUUACAUUGUAGCCUCUUUGUUCUAUAUGUUAGUUAUUUAAAGGGUUUUUAACAUUUUAUGUCUGAAGGAAAGAGGAAUUUUAUUUUAUACUUGGGUGAAAUGCAUAUACUUAUACAUCAUCUACAUUCUAUAGAUCUGAAAUUGCGAAGCUGGAAAAUUGGUUGUUGAUGCGUUCAUUGCAUGCAAAGUAAGCAAAUAAUAUCUUUGUAUAAUAUCUAUGUGGACGUGUUUGUCAAGCAGUACGCGAAAGAAGGCUGCGUUUCGACCAGCGAUAAGUAACGAAAUGUGUUCAUAAAGCUUUAUUAUUAGAAGUUUGCGUCAAGUUACGACAAUAAAGGGAAAACACGCCCACAUUUGAACUCGGUCACUCUUUAACAAGUAUUUUUAGUUGAUGUGUACCGGACUGAGAUUGCUGCAAUCAACGACACAAUCUUUUCUAAUAUUGAACUAUAAUUCUACCAAACAAACUAGCAAUUUCUAGGAAUUGACCAAUCUUUAGUUAAUAAUUAAUAUAGCUCAUAUUUUCAAGGUAUUUAUAAUACGUAGUUACCAUUCGUCAUUGAUAUAGCUAAUGCUAUAAUAUCCUAGUUUAUAUAAUUUGUGUAAUAAAUUAUUUAUUUUUGAAAUAUUUAUUAAUAGAUAGAAUAGAAUAUUUGUCUAUUUUCCCUAAAAGGGUGAGCAGAUAAUAUACCCCAACUUUGUCACAAAAGUGUUGGUACCAUUUACCGGCCAAACUCGGACAAAAAAAGGCCUAUUGCGAAAUUUUAUGAAGCUCUAAUGAACAAAUAUUUACCAAGGUGACAUUUUAUUAUUUAUUGUUUAAAAUCCUCUUGUGCACUGUCAGUCUUCCCUUUUAUAUACCAAUAGUUAUUUGGUACGAUUUAAUAAUAUACAGUGCUAGUGUUAGGAACGGAGAAAGAAGGUCGAUAUUCCGGAGGGCGGAAACAGAGUUUUCUGUAUACUGCAUUGGUUGGAUCCUUCCAGAAAGAUCUUAUUCUGAGAUCUAUCUGACUAUUAGAAUUCCUAACGCCGGCAUCAAUCGUAUAUUAAAGAAAGAAAACAACUAGUCAGAUCUAAUGAUUUAACCCAAUUGACAGGAAAGCACAGACAAGAGCUCCCUUUCUUGUCUGUUCAUAUUUUCCUAAUUAAGUGAAUCCUAACACUUGUUGACUAUUUAUUAUAUAACACCAUAUUCCUUAAAAAUCUUAUGAAGUUUUUUGAAAACAGGAUAAUAGUAAUAAGAAAUAUACUAACUGCAUUUUGUUUUGAUGUUUAAAAGAAGAAAUUUUUGUGUUAACCAAAAAUGUGGUUAAGUAAUAUUGUACUAUGACAUUUGUUUUAAUUUAAUUAUAAAAAUGUACACUAAAAAUUGCAUAGGUAUAUAUUAUGUGACAAGGGCAUAAGCAAAAAAACCUGUGAAUGAAAGUGAAAUUAUACAAUUGUUACUUUUAAAGUAAUAUAAUAUACUCUGUGGAUAAAAUGGAUGCUAAGCAUUCGUUAAACAAAUAACUGUAACGUGAUUGUUUAAAUUAUUUACUUGUUAUGUUUAAUGUGCCAAAAUAAUAACUUUAAAUGUAAACCGUGUAAUUCUAUAAAUUCCAUAACGGUACCUUUUUACAAUUUAUUUUUCGAAGUAUUUUUUUGAGAUGCAGACAUUCCUCAAUAAUAUUGUUUUCUGUAAAACAUUAUUGAAAUACAAAUAUUGAAUAUUUUUUAACAAUUUGUUAUUUAAGUGUAUUUACAAUAAUCUUGGUUAAAUAUUAGACGUCCUGUUUACAGUCCUAUGAUAUAAAUUAAACUCUGUUUUCAUGUUACGAAAUAGACAUUAAA